CUGCCGACGCGUCCCCGUGACGUCAUCGUGACGCCAUCGCGUAGCGUGCGGGUGACGGGUGGGGCCGGUUUGAAGCGGCGGAGCCGGAGCCGGAGCGGGGCAGAAAAUGGCAGUGAAUGUGUACUCUACUUCAGUGACUAGCGAUAACUUGAGUCGACAUGACAUGCUGGCGUGGAUCAAUGAGUCUCUGCAGCUGAUGCUGACAAAGAUUGAACAGCUGUGCUCAGGUGCUGCAUACUGUCAGUUUAUGGACAUGCUCUUCCCAGGGUCUGUAGCACUCAAGAAAGUGAAGUUUCAAGCAAAAUUGGAACAUGAGUACAUCCAAAACUUCAAGAUUCUACAAGCAGGUUUUAAACGAAUGGGAGUUGACAAAAUAAUUCCUGUGGACAAACUAGUGAAAGGAAAAUUCCAGGACAACUUUGAAUUUGUUCAGUGGUUCAAAAAAUUUUUUGAUGCAAACUAUGAUGGGAAGGAGUAUGACCCUGUGGCUGCUCGACAAGGCCAAGAGACAGUAUUACCAAACCUUGUCACUCCAGCUGUCAACAAACCCAGGAGAUCUCUCAACUCCAGCACUGCAGCCCCCCAGAGGCCCAUGGUCACACCGAGGACUGCAGCGAACCCCAAAGCUGGGACUGGAAUGGGCAAAAAGGCUGCAGGGGACGAGGAGUCUGCAGGACUGAUUGAGCAGAUCAAUGUAUUGAAACUUACUGUUGAAGAUCUGGAGAAGGAGAGAGAUUUCUACUUUGGGAAAUUGAGGAACAUUGAGUUGAUCUGCCAGGAGAAUGAAGGCGAGAAUGAUCCAGUGUUGCAGAGGAUUGUGGAAAUUCUUUAUGCCACAGAUGAAGGCUUUGUGAUACCUGACGAAGGAGCACCGCAGGAGGAACAAGAAGAGUAUUAACAGAUCACACACUGUACCAGCAGAGCAGCAACAUCAGAAUUCUUUGCCCCAGAUCAUGUGCUUAACUGUAAAAUACUCCACUUUAUUCUUAGAGGACUCACUGGUUUCUUCUCAUAAGCAAAAAAAAAAAAAAGUACCUCUUCUUAAAGUGCACUUUGCAGAAGUUUCACUUUUACAGUGAGUUGGAGUUAGGAGCUCUCUCUCACUUUGUAGCAGAGCAGUAUUCACAUCUAGCUGGUAUAUUUAGGGAGCAAGAGGCUGAAUAUUUGGAACUUGUUGCAGAAUGGUUUGCUGGUAAAACACUGGUUUGUGGGAAGACUCUUUUUGUAUCUGAGGUGGUGUGUAGUAGAGAAAUUAAAGACUCUGACUCACAGAAAGAUGGAGUUAAUGUGAAAUUGCAGCACAGAAAUGAUAAUAAAAUGCCUUAAGAGUAUUUAAAAUAUGCUUCCAUAUGCCAAAUAGAAGUAAUGUGACAGGAGAUUUUAUGUGCUUCAUAUUGGGGUAGACACUUGUUUAACUCCAUUCACUGCUGUCUGAGAGGCCUUGCUGGCAAUCUCACUUUGUCAGCAAGUGCUGGAAAGGGACUAUUGAAACAAAACUCCAUUCCUAUGUAAAGCUGCUUAGCAAGUGAUUAGUUCUCGAUGAAAUAGGCCUUAAGGUUGCCUGUCACAAGAUUAGAGGGAGUAUGAACAGCUGAGACACAUAAAUUACCUUGAAGAGUGCUAAAGCCUUUUCCUGUGGCAUUGUGGCUAAUGACUUUGCCAAAAUGUACUGUGUUUUCUGUAAGAAAAGCAAAACAGAAUACCCAAACAAGAGAAAAAGCAAAGGGCACCCAGUCUUACUUCUAAAAUGUUCUUCAGAAGUGAUUUUCCUUCCUGGCUCUUGUUUUUAUUUGUCCUGUUUCUUUUUGGGUUUGUUGCUAUACUUUUUGCUCUCUCACUUGUUCUUUUCCCUUUCCCAUCCCAAGGAAUGCUGAUCCAGUCUGGUGGCUGUAACAGGACUUAGGCUGUGCAGCUGUCUUAGGAUGAAAGUGAAUGGAGCACAUGAGGAUGAUGAUUUUUCUCUCUUUUUCUGGCUUUUUUUUUUUUUCCCAAACUAGGCCAUAUCUAAUAAUAGUACUUGCCAGUUCAGUAGUCUUCUGGGGUAAAAACUAAAGAUGCUGGCUAACAGAGCUAAUGUUAUUGCAGAAAAUACAGUACUGAGACUAACUUAAAUAUUAAUAUUUAAAGUACUUUCCUUACCUGUCCUUUUUUGCUAUCAUGCCCCUCAUUACUGUUGUGUUUGGCAAGAUCCUGCAAGACUUCAAUCCCCCUUCACUACUGAGACUGAUCAGUCCUGUUGUGCUUGUAUUCAUUUGUUUCUGGUGGUAGCUUGUCCUAAAAUGUGUGUAGGAGAGCAUCUUAUGGUAAUUGUUGUGUAGUGCAUGAAUCUUUGUGAAAUCCAGAGAAAAACCCAAAUUCAGUGAAUGCCAAAAAUGCAAGUAUCUAGCCAUUGUUUAAAAUUGCAGUGGUGCUAUUUCUCUUGUGGCCUUUCAGACUUUUUGUUGCCCUAAAACUCCAUUUUACUGAGAAACCAUAUUUGACUUGGAUUUUUCAUGACAGGGUUUUUCUAUUUUAAGCAGUUUUUAAAUAAAGUUCUGUAUUUCAAGAGUGUCAUGUCUACUGAAGUCUCUGAUGCUUUCAGACACGGUGAGGCCAAGCUGAAGCUGGUGAGAGUUCUCUUGGUGAAGCUUGCAGGACCUGCACUCUCAGCUUUCAUGCUCCAGUCCUGGUUAGGAUCCUUGCUGACUGGGGUAGCAGUGAUGUGGGAACCUCCCUGUGGGUGUGCAGGGGUAACCACUGCCACAGCUUUAGGGGGUUAUUUUUCCCCUCUCCCACAAGGGAAUGGAAGGCAAGUGUUUCCUUGGCUUCCUCCUCCUAAUGGUGUGAGAAUGGGGCUGUAGAUCAGGAAUGCUGCCACCUGAGUUUGUGUUUGAAGUGUUUCAGAACUGCUAAACCCUGCUUGUUAGUGGCAAACGAGACGUUAACUGCAUCUGUCACCCCUCUGAGCACACUGGCUGUGAACCCCUUGCUUUGUCUCAUGUGCAGUGUGUGUUCCAUAGUGAAGUGUCUCUGGCACAGGUGUGUGCACAGCCUGGUGUCUGUGUGCUGUCUGUCCCCCAGAGAACCCCUCCCAGCCCCCCCGCAGUGCUCUGCAUCCUCUGGGGAGCAGCAGGAGGCUCUGCUGGCAUCACCCAGCUGCGGGGGGCUGGGCAGGUGUGGGUGUGGGAUGGGGGUGAUGAGGCACAUAAAAUCUUCUCUACCAUUACUUACCUGCUCUGAGUUGGGAAGCAUAUUUUUUUUAGACUCUAAUUUACUGUUCCAUUCCAUUAUUCCAGCAUUACUGCAGCAGCUCCAAGCAAAAGAUGGCAACAGCACCUGGGGGCUAGGAGAGGAGUUCUGGGGUGUCUGCUCUUUGCCAUCUGGCUUUGCACUGGGACCUGGUUGCUUCAAGUCUCUAACAGGAGUGCAAGGGUGGAACUGUGGAGCACCCAGGAGGUUGGUUUGGGUCUGUGAAGCACCCAGGUGAUGAACUGGGCUGCAGGAGGUUGGUUUGGGUCUGUGGAGCACCCAGGUGAUGAACUGGGCUGCAGGAGGUUGGUUUGGGUCUGUGUAGCACCCAGGUGAUGAACUGGGCUGCAGGAGGUUGGUUUGGGUCUGUGUAGCACCCAGGUGAUCAGCUGGGUUACAGGAGGUUGGUUUGGGUCUGUGGACCAAGGAACUGUCCCUGUGCUGGGAGGAGGCUGAGUCAGGAGGAGCACUGGUGUGCAUUGUGAGACUGUUGAAUGCCUGGAGCAUUACAGAACUCAACUGAAGCUGCAGUCUUUAAGUCAAAUGCUGCUAAGAUUUCCAGUUGCUUACAUCACUCUUUGCUACUGAGAUGAGUUAUAAAUACUAUGGGAACAAACUCAUGUGGUCAGGUUGUGACUGCAUUACAGAUAUCUUGGCAUAAUCUGUUUUUAAUGUCCUUUUUGGGAAGAAAAUAACAAUAAGCCCAACUUGAACCCUUAGACUUAACACAGCUACUCUGUUACCCUGGUACAGUACCUGCUGUUAAAUGCCUACUUGCUGGAACAAUUCUGGGAGCACCCAACUUUUCUUAGUUUUAUUUGAGAAAUGAACAGAAUGGAAGCAGUGGAAAGCUGCCCCCUCCUUUCUGUACCAACAUGUCUUACUUGCAGGUGGACUUGUGGAUGUUUUUUUAACUUUUAUUGUUCAAUUUUUAAAGCAUUUCUGGUUUGCAAUGACAAUUCUUACUGUAACUAUUAAAAGCCUUCAAAUAAAGGCCCAAAACUUA